UUUGUCCCCCAAAUGAAAGAUAUUUUCGGACAGCCAGUCUUCGGGGGCAUUGAAUGGGAUUUAACCUUUCAGUUUCACCGAGCUCUUCUUUUAUUUUUAAUUUGCCCUACCGUUGUAAGAAGGGGGAAGAAAUGUCUGUGUCGGAUGGGGGAUAAUGGAGUGCAUAUUGACUGGUUUUCUGUCUAGAUAGUUCUGUUAUUUAGCGCAGUCAACGGCUCGCCAAAUUUUAAAGGCAAAAUUUCUAGUAUUGCGCAAUCGGCACGCACGCAGGGAAUUGGAUUUGUGAUUGCGGGGCAUUGGGGAGGAGCGCCGAUUGACUUGUUUGAAAUAGAAAAAGUUUUUAAAUCAAUUCAUCGGGUAAAGGGAAAGAGAGCAGAAAUUUAUGAGUAUGAGCAUGAAUCCAGAGGAUCCUUUGAAGAGCCUUUCGCUGGAUUACUUGAAUCUUCUCAUAAAUGGCCAGGCUUUUAGCGAUGUAACCUUCACGAUGGAAGGAAGGCAAGUGCAUGCUCACAAAUGCAUUCUUGCUGCUCGCAGUACCUUUUUCCGAAUGAUCUUCUGCAACAAUGAGGCCAUGAAUGAGCAGGCGUGUCGUACUGACAGUACUCCUCCUCCACCUGCUAAUCAGGUGAUUCCAGUGGGCGUCGUGGGGUACGAAGUAUUUAUGCUGCUUUUGCAGUUUUUAUACAGUGGGCAGGUGUCGAUAGUGCCGCAGAAGCACGAAGCCAGGCCUAACUGCAGCGAGAGAGGAUGCUGGCAUACACACUGUACAUCUGCUAUAGACCUCGCUCUCGAUACGCUUACAGCUGCUCACUUCUUUGGCGUCGACCAGCUCUCCAUUAUCACUCAGAAGCAGUUAGCGAAUAUGGUUGAAAAAGCAUCAAUAGAAGAUGUGAUGAGGGUGCUGUUAGCAGCGAGAAAGCAGGAACCGCAACAUCUGUACCUGUGGAACACGUGUUCCCAUCUGGUAGCAAAGUCUGGUUUGCCGUCUGAGGUGCUGGCAAAACAUCUACCGCCAGACGUGAUCGCCAAAAUCGAGGAAAUCAGGCUGAAAUAUUCUAGUUAUGGGAGGCCUUUCCUUCAUGUAUUGCCCAACAAUGAAGUCAGCAGCAGCAGCUCAAUGGAGAUGGAGAUGGAGGAUCAGAGGAUGAGACGGAUGCAGCGAGCACUGGAUUCUUCAGACGUGGAACUGGUGAGGCUUAUGGUGAUGGGCGAAGGGCUGAAUUUGGACAAAGCCCUGGCAUUGCAUUACGCUGUAGCCAACUGCAGCAGAGAAGUAGUGAAAACGUUGCUAGAAUUGGGUGCAGCAGACGUGAACUAUCCGGGACCUGGAGGAAGGAUGGCUCUCCACAUAGCUGCAGAAAUGGUGAAUCCAGACAUGGUUGCAGUUCUGCUGGACCACCAUGCCAAUCCCAACGUCCGCACCUACAGUGGUGCCACUCCCUUUGAUAUCCUCCAAUCCUUGGCUUCUGACUUCCUCUCCAAAGGUGCAGCAGGAGGAGGAUCAUCUAUGCCACUCCCUCACUUGGAGCACAACAAGCUCCGCCUCUGCCUUGAACUUCUUCAAUCUGCCGCCCUUGUCUUGUCCAGAGAUGAAGAAACGUCCACCUCACUGCAAUUGCAUCUUGAAACCACAACUGCCGCUGCUGAUCGUAAAAACACGUCAUCAUCUUCUUCUUCUUCGCCUGCUUUUGCUCUCACUCCCAGGAAUAGUAUGAUGCAGCAGAGACAGGGUCAUUGUGAGAUGAAUGAAGGAAGUAGGCAAGUUACUGGGCUGGAUUCCAGAAUGCUAUUUUUGAAUCUCAAUGGUCAACUAGACUGUAAGAAUGGAUCCGAUCAUAUGAAUCCAACAGAAAGUCUAUAGCGUUCACUUGCUUUAUUUUAUCUAUCAAUUUCAAUUUUGUGAACCAAUAAAAUUGCAGUAUUUUCCAGGUUUCUUUAUUUUUCAUUUCAACGUUUUAUUUUAUGAUUACACUUGAGAUUGAUCAGGUGAUCGGCAACUUCCAAUGCCCUACAAAGUAAUAGUUUUUACCAAUAUUCUCAAAUAGUUUCUGUCGGGUCCUACCAAAUGUGAAGCUAAAAGACCUUCAUUGAAGCCAGGAAUUUCUCCUCUUUUAGCACAGAAGAUUUCGUAUGGGUAGAACAACUACCGUCACUACAGGAUUUGCAUUUGAGUCUCUCAAGACUUUUGCCCAUGAAGCUCGUCAGCAGAAAGAUAUGUUCCAUCAUCCAGCCCCAGACGAGCUCAGCGUAGAUCAACUGAAUUUUGAGUUGCAGAGGAACGCGUGAGACAAGUAUGUAUAUGCGUAUAUAAAUGAACAGGUGAUUCAACACACUGAUCGCCUUCUCAAGAUAAUUGAACUUUUUAGUUUCAAUCCGUCCAGCGCUUUAAGGCUUAUUUUCAGCAGUUGAAAGAAAUUUUUAAGGGGUAUAAUGUUUUGAAAACUAGUUCACGAACGUGAAGCUAUUAUCAUUUUUCAUUUUUCUUUUUCAUUUAUUUUCAACAGUCUAAUGAUGGGUUAUGGACUGUGAUAUAAAUAUUAUGAAAUAUAGACUGUGAUCUGAAAUAUUAUGAAAAAAAAUCAGUGUCAAAUUCAAAGCUCU